AUGACUGGUCUUCCUGUUACCGAUCCCUGUAUCUCGUUCUGGCAACAGACGACCAGAUCAUAUCCCUACCUUAAUCACAACGAUGAAGCUCUCGUACCAAAAACCGCGAAAUAUGUCAUUAUCGGCUCAGGAAUAUCUGGCGCACUAGCAGCCUUUAAGUUGGUUGAGGGUGGUGUAGCAGGAUCAGACAUCGUCAUACUCGAAGCAAGGGAAGCAGCCAGUGGUGCCAGCUCUCGCAAUGCAGGACAUAUUCGACCAGACGCCUUUCGCGGUUUCACGGUCUACAAAUCAUUCCACGGCGAGGAGCAGGCCCUGAAAAUCAUCGCCAACGAGAGGACCGUGUUCCUCGCAGUCGACGACUUCGUGAGGAAGCACAACGUCCAGUUCGAUUUUGUCCCGACAACCACCUUUGACGUUUGCCUAACUCAGGAAUUUGCAGAUCACAAUGCAAAGAGCUUUAAGGCAUACCAGAGCGCUGGCGGCGAUGUCUCUCAUAUCAAGUUCUACCCUGCCGAGGAAGCUCGAGAAAGAACCGGCGUCCCGCAAGCCCUAUGCGCCUACGAGUGGCCGGCGGGUUCUGGCCAUCCUGCCAAACUGGCCCAAUGGCUCCUGGCCGAAUGUGUUUGCAAAGGCGUGCAUUUCUUGACCCAUUGUCCAGCAACUUCGGUGACACAAUCAUCAUCCGGUGCAGAGCAUAUUCUCUGGGAUGUCAAGACACCACGAGGUACCGUAACAACGCCAGUGGUCAUUCACUGCACCAACGCCUUCGCACCGCACUUGCUGCCGCAGCUAUCAUCCCUCGUCACACCAGAGCGUGCGCAGGCACAUGCUUUCGUACCACCUGCGGCUCUCACCGGCAGCAAGGUGCUGCAGAGUACCAUCUCCCUGCGUAGGGGCCUGCGUUGGUUCUACUCGGUCAAUCAGCGUCGUUCAGACGGCGUCAUUAUCCUUGGAUCCGCUUCGGCAAGCCCCAAAGUCAGUCAAACGGCGUAUGUAGAAAGACAGACGGCCGACGACAGCGAUUUUAGCGCGGAGAUCCGCGACGAUGCCGUUGCUAACUUCCAAGACUGUCUACCAGAGUGUAGACCAGAGAAUUUGCGCCAUGGUGAGGGGCUGCAGCACACAUGGACGGGUAUCAUUGGCAUGACGCCCGACUUGGUACCCUUUAUCGGGAGGGUUGAUGGCUCACAGGGACAAUGGGUGUGUGCCGGCUUCAAUGGACAUGGUGAGUGA